UGCCACUUGUGCUUUGCUGCAGAAAUCAGCUCUGCUAUUGUCGCUGGGGGAGUAUUAUUAACAUUUUUAUUUAUUUCUACAGGUGUUCUCCAUACCUGCCUCUACUCAGCAUCUGGGUAAAUGGCAGAGUCAGCAUUUCACUCUUUUCCUCGUUUGUUUUUUUUUUUUGUUUUCCCUGCAGGAAUUGUGUGCGACUUUACUAAAAGUGAGUCAACCGCGAUGAGGUAUGGUUUCAUGAUACACUUAAUAAAAGGCUGGUGCUGAAGAGGAGAACAACAGUGCUUGAAGGCUGACUGGCUGUGUGCCCCAUUCCCACCUCACAAGGUCCAAGCCCUCCAAUUGCAGAAACCCAGCUCAGAAUCAUAGAAUGGGUCUGGUUGGAGGGGACCACAGCGGGUCAUCUGGUCUUCCCUUCGCAAUUUACUAACUCACCUCUUUCCAGUAAAGAGGUGAUUGAUGUACCACAGUUACUGAAAUUAGAAUAUAACAGUUGGGUCACCUGGUCUGACUUCCCUGCUCAAGGAAGGUUGUCCCAGAGCACAUGGCACAGGAUUUGUCCAGGCAGUUCUGGAAUAUCUCCAGUAAGGGAGACUCCAUACCCUCUGUGGACAGUCUGUCCCAGUGUGUGGUCACUGCACAAUAAAGAAGUUCUUCCUCGUGUUCAGAUGGAACUUCCUGUGCAUCAGUUUCUGUGCAGUGCGUCUUGUCCUAUUACUUGGCCCUAUGGAGAAGAGCCUUGGCAUCCCCCUUUAGACGUUUAUACACAUUGAUGAGGGCCCCUCUCAGUUCUCUCUUUUCGAGGCUGAACAGGCCCAGCUCCCUCAGCCUUUCCUUGCAAGGGGGAUAUUCCAGUGCUUUCAUCACCCUCGCUGCCCUCCGCUGGACCCACUCCAGCAGCUCCACGUCUCUCUCGCACUGAGGAGCCCAGACAGAGCAGGAGUCCACAUGUGGCCUCACCAGGGCUGAGUAGAGGGGCAGGACCACCUCCCUCGACCUGCUAACCACCUUAGGAAGCCCUUCCUAACGCAUCCCGGGAUCCCGACUCGGCCACAAGGGCUCUCCGUGGGAGGAGAACCCUCCGCAGCCCUAUCGGCAUUCCCAGGCGGCGCCAUCCAUCGCUCGGCCAGCGGCUGCUCCCCCUGGUUGCCAGGCGGGCCCGGACGCGCCGCCCGGAUCCCGCUUCCCGAUCCCGGCCCGGCCGGACGCGGCCUCCUGACCCCCCCCAUGGAGGGGGACAAGAGAAGAACCAAAGAAGAUACUUGGAAAUCAGAAGAACUUAGGAAACAUCUUAAGGCAUCACAACCAGAUAGUCAAAAUGAAGACCAAAAGCACAGAGAAAAGAAACUGCAGAAAGAUAGGUCUGCUCUUGACACAGACACUCAUAAACAUGAACGAAAAGACAGAGGGAAGAGCAAGGAAAGAACACGAGAGAGAGAGAGGCUUAAAUCUAGCGAGAGAGACAGGGAUAAAAUGAGAGAGAGAGAAAGGGGAAAAGAGCACCAGAGAGGAGACCGAGAGAGAUACAGAGAUAAGCUUCAAGAGCCACAUUUGGAGAAGGAAAGAUACAGUGUACCCAAACAUAAAGACAGGGAGAGUGAUAGAGAAGGAGACAAAAAGCAUAAGAGACAUGAGAUAAAGCAAAUAGAUACACAAAAUAAUCUGAAAUCAUUUGAAGGAGGACAUAAAGAACAUCACAGAAGAAGAGAAAGCAGGCAUGGUUUGGAGGAGGAAAAAACAAGAAGUGAAGAGCAAGAAAGAAGGCAUAAAGAAAAAAAGGUAAAGGAAGGGAAGGAUAAUGAUGCAAGAAGGAAAAUUGACAAAUUUUUAGCCUACAAAGUUGAAGGUGAACGUGUACACAAGUUAGAGAAAGAUCAAGAGUUGGAUAAAGAGGGUGAAAGAAAACAUAGAGAAAAAAAAGAACAUUCUGUUGGGCCAGAAAAAGAGAGGCUUUCAAAAGAGAGAAGUCAUAAGCAGUAUGGAAAGGAAGAGGAAGAAAAACAUAAAUCAAGGAGGUCUAAAGAGGGAUCUUCCCAUGGAGACAGAGAAGGACAAGCAGCAGAAGUUAAUGAGAGAAUAAAAAGCAGAGACAAUGAAAGAAAGAAACAUGAUCUAAGGACCAGCGAAUACAAAAAGGAGGAGAGGAUUCAAGAGGAAACAAGCCAUCAGCAUGUAAGGACUGUAAACGAUAAGGGAAAACUCAUUGAAAAAGAAGAAAAGGACACAAGACAAGAGGAAAUGCAAGAUAAACACAUCUAUAAUUCAGACACAGGACUUAAUGACAUUUCAGCAAAUUAUGAAGAUGAUUUUGAAGAUUAUGAAGAUGAUUUUGAAGAUGAUGAAGACAAAAGUGGUGAAGAAAGAGAUGCAGAAGAAAACCUAAGGGAGAUUCCAUUUUCCAGAACAUCAGAAAUCGAAGAAAUUCAAAGAGCAAUUAGUGCAGAAAAUGAUAGAAUUUUUAAUUCACCGCUGAAAAAACUUGAAGAUGAAAAAAAGGAACCAAUCAUGGAAAACCAAUCAGAAACUGUCAGAAACUCUUUUUGUGGAAUAUUCAUGGAUUUUCAAAUGGCAAACCAACGGCAAAGUAGCCGAAGUAUGGCCAGUAAACAGAAAAAACGGAGUUCAGAACUUCUCCCACUAAUUGACCUGGAUUUCUCAGUUAGUUUUUCAUUACUGGAUUUGCCCCCUGUAAAUGAGUACGACAUGUAUAUCAGGAAUUUUGGUAAAAUGAACACUAAGCAGGCGUACGUUCAGUGCAACGAGGACAAUCUGGAUAGAGACAUUCAGACUGAGGAAGUUGAGACAUUGGAGAAAUGGACACAGCAUCCAGGAGAAAGUUCUCUUGUGUCUGGAGGUCCCAGAAACAGCCAGGAUAUGUCAGUGAAUGGGGUUCUAACACCUAAAAUUGAUUCACAAAGAUUAGCAAAUUUCCUUCGGUCUGCCUGUCAGGUGAUUGCUGUUUUGCUAGAGGAAGAUCAAGUUGCAACACAACCCAGGAAACUAAGAUCUCGACAAACCAGUCUGUCUAUUAGUGAUAGCUGUUUCCAGUUAAAUACUAACCAGCCAUUCCUCCAUGACCGAAAAAUAUCCUGCCUGUAUGUCUCUCAAGUUCAGAGGCAGACACUACUUUCUGUCCAUGGAUUACCUGAGAGGGCAGGUGUGGACUUACUGAACAGAAAGAGCCUCAUAUGUGUUUGGAACAUCUGGCAGCCCUCCAGUCCUCAGAAAGUUUUAAUAUGUGACUCAGAGGUGAUGUGUUGCUGCUUUAGCCCCAGUAAAACAACAUUAGUUUUUGCUGGAACAAUAGAUGGUUCAUUGUUGGUCUGGGAUCUUCGAGAAGACUCAAGAAUGCACCCUCAUAUGAUGAUGAGUGGAACUGACUGGACAUUUAGAGUUCCAACAUUUUCCACUGAUGGCAUUCUAAACUCAGUAAACCACACCUCUCCUGUACUUGCAGUGGAACCUGUCUCAACCUCUCUUGACACUGAUCACAGUUAUGGGCUCUCAGGCCUCUCCUAUCAGGAGGAAGUGUCAGGCCCUCCAUUUCAGAUAGCUUCAAUGGAUGAAAAUGGAAUCCUCAGUAUGUGGGUAGUUGUUGAAUUACAAAAAGUGGAUUUAGCUGGUUCACAAACUGAUUUAGGUUUAGUUCCUGGAGGGAAAGUGAAGUUAGUACAUAGCUCAACUAUGGAAUUGAAUAACAGCCUUUUCCCAAAGGAUAUUCGCCAGAGAAUGCCACAGACACUGACCAUUAAAUUUCUGUCUUCUAAUCCUAAUCAUUUCAUUGUUGGAACAAACAUAGGUCUGCUAGGCCAUGGUACAAGACAUGGUUUAAAAGUUGUUCCAAAGCUAUUCAGGCCCCAGGAGAGUGGACUGAGAUCAAUAAGCAUCACUGCAAUUGAUUUCUUCCCUUUUGGAAAGCCACUAUUUUUGGUUGGCUGUUCUGAUGGAAGCAUUAGAUUACAUCAGAUGACAUCAGAGUAUCCUGUCAUGCAGUGGAAUGACAGCACAAAUGGCCAGCCCAUUAUUGCCCUGCAGUGGGCUUUAACAAGACCUGCUGUGUUCUUUGCCCUGGAUGCAUCAUCUAAUAUUUACAUUUGGGAUCUUCUGGAAAAUGAUUUGUUGCCUGUGGCAAAGGAGACUAUUCCAUCAGAGAAGAAAAAAAGAGACAUAACACAGCAAUUCAUUAGGCACAUAUCUUAAGAGCCCCACUUUUAAUCCAUUUGGCACUUCUUGGAGAGAGAAGAUGAGAGAGCUGGGUAAAAAAGUAUUGCUUGGGGACAUAGAGAUACUCUUCCAAAGGUUUGGACAACAAUCCAUAAGUCUAUAAUCAGAUAUUUGCUAUAAUUUUUAAAUAGCAAACAGUGAACCCUUACAAUAAAGAUGUGAAUUACCAUGCCUGCCCUCAGUACUGUAGAUUUCCAAUGCCGUAUCUUAAGGGCAAAGAAUAAGGAGAAAAACUUAAUAAACUGUCCUCACCUAGAAUAAUUUUUGUCAACCAUUUGGGAAUCAAGUUCUAUUGUGCUGUUGAAAUAAGGGACCAAGAAAAGAGUCUUUGUCUCACAGAGCUUAUAUGAUGUAGGUGGAAAAGAUUUUUUUUUUGAUUGCUCCAUUUAUUUGCAAUGGUAAUAGGAUACUCUUAAUGCCCACGCAGUUGAGCCAAAGGACAGGCUGAUUAAUACCAGAAAAGUAGGAUAAAGGAAAAAAUGGCUCUGAAACUGCCCUUCUAACCUUCAUUUAGAAAAUUAAUGAUUACUUAGGUUACUUUUGAUCUCCAGCUAUUUUUCAUGUUAUUAAGACAGUGUCAAAGGGCCUCAUUUAAAGAUUAAUUCACCCAAAAUGAUGAAAUUCUUUCAGUGGGGUUUUUGGGUUGGAAUGCAGGACAGAGGUUACAGAAAGACACUACAUUACUGUAAAUUCCCUGAAUUCCCUUAGGCUUUUAGUUUAUUUGCUCUGUACUUUGCAGUUUGGCAGUUCAGCAAGGUCAAUUCAUUGAGCACAUACAUUAAUAAUUAUGUGGGUGCUGCAUGAGGUCCAACUGAAAACUACCUAUCCACAAUCUUCAAAGACAUUAAGAGUAGUUUACACUUGUUUAAGCUCCGCUUUGCAUUCUUUUCAUAUUUUACAAAGAU